CAAACAAUCCAGGGGAGCUCAAGCUUGGGCCUCCCAUCCAAGUUUCCGUAAUUGGACAUUUUCAAACCUUGAAACUUUUUUGGAGUUUGAGGAAUUGAACUCACGCGCAACUCUUCGAGAACCCAAUUGACGGGCUCAAUCGAGCAUAAGCCUCCAAUUCCGCCACAAUGCCGAUAUCAAGGGCCGCCGGCCUGCGGACAACCGGCGUACUUCGCCUCUCCCAACGAUGCACCUCCCCCCUCCCCCUCCGAUCGCAACCGAAUCGAUGCCGGCAUCAAAUACCGUCGGCACCCGUCAAACUCCCGAUUAGUUACCAAUUCCGCUCGAAGUCAACGGCACCACCGCAAGAUGACCCAGAAGACUCGCCCAAACAAGCGGGUCAACCCCCGAAGCCGCACCCCUCUCUUAAGAGCAUGUUUUGGCAAAGCAUCAAGUCCGACACGGCCAGGGCUUGGUACGUUAUCAAGAAUACCAGCUUCAGUGAGGUCAUGCGGCAAAACCCAGGGGAGGCAUUGGGUGCUAUCGUGGCAAUACUAGGCGCCAUUGGUGUCCUCGUCUACUGCGUCUACGCAUACUACACCUACUUCUACAGCCGCCAGUUCACGCGAUACCCCGAACCCGUGGCACAAGCCCUCCGUAAAGCGCUCUACUUCAGCAACCACGACCCUAACCCGCAGCGCGCACUCCAGUACUACAAGCAGGCCCUCGAGCUCUGCGACCAGGAGGGGCUCGACCACUUCUCGGACGACGUCAUGGGCAUCAAGAUCCAGGUGGCUGCGUGGCUUGAGAAGAUCGAGAGCUACCAGAACGCCAUCAGCGUGCUGGAGAAUUUGCUGGGCGACUGCAAGCGCUGGGUGGAGGUCAUGGAAAAGAGCGCCGAGGAGGGGGCGCUGCCCAAGCUGGAGCCGGCACCGGCUUCAAAGGAGGGAGAGUCCAGUGUCCCCGAGCAGCCGCUUGAAACCUUCUGGGCCAAGCGUACGAGGCUACUGGCCAAGGCCGUCAGUGUCAGCGUCAAGCUGGCCAAUCUCUACUCGGAUGAGCACGUUCUCGAGCGGGAGACUGCACAUGAGCGGCUUGUUUGGGCGGUGGAGACGACCCUAAGGGAGAUGCAGAGGCGCGCCAAGGAGGGUCUCAAGGAGGGGGAGGGGCCGUGGAUGAGCCCCGAAGAGGUUGGCGGGAGCCUGGAGGCACUCGCACAGAGCUAUCAGGAGAAGAGCCAGUAUCACCUCGCUGUUCCGCUCUUCUUCCAGGCCUUGAGGCUAUGCGAAGACCCUUGCCAUAUCGCCAUCUUGAUGAACAACAUCGCGACUAGCUUCGCAGAGCACCCGCUCAUCCCGCGUGGCGACGCGCCCGUGCACGCCAUGAUGGAGGAAUCCAAGACCUGGGUUUCGGCAGCCGAGCAGCGUGCGUCCUACCUCGCCGCCGCCCAGCGGUGGGCACAAAACGCCAUCGACCACGCAUCGGAGACGCAGGGCGAAAAGCGGACACCGGAAUGUGAUGAAGCCUGCGCCGUCGCGUUGUCCAACCUGGGUUCCGUGCUGGCGAUGCUGGGCAAGAACGCGGAGGCACGUAAGAAAUUCGAGCAAGCGGUCGCGCUGAGCAAGAAGUUCGGAUUUGAAGACUACGCCGCCGCGGCGGAUGCCAGACUGCAGGACCUUCCCAAGGCAUGAGGUCACUCGACCUCGUGUCACCUCGCCGGCCCCCGUCGUCGAAGAUAUUGCGCCGCUCUAUCCGGCCUACGAUAACUCCGCCGACACCCCCGAGCGAGCGAGUACCCACCCCGAAAACGAAUACCGAAUGUGCCCCGAUCUCGCUGCAUACGUUUCUGACUGCCUCCCACGGCGUCGCCGACGUGUGGUUCACUCCCUCCCAGGCAGACAGCUGAUCUGUGGCCGCAACGCAGAUCUGAAUCAGCUGGGGCGGGAAACGAACCAAGGACCCGGGAUCGCCCUUCAGAAUUUCGCAACCCCGAAAGAGACCAUACGAAAGCCACGGUUGAGCCCGUACCCGGCAGAUGCAACCCCGAGGCACAGCCACCGGCAGCAACCUUUUCCCGGGACUUGGGGGGGGGGGG